UUGUAGUGUAUGUGGGCGUGGCUCAGAGUCAGUGGGCGUGGUGCUGCGUACGAGGCGCAUUUAAACGUAAAGUGGAGACCUUGGAGACUCAGUGAGACUUCGAGGGUGUGAGAGAGGAUUUAUCUGAGCUCGACAAUGUCUUAUUACGAACAUAUUGUAUUUGAGGAUGAGUUCCUCAACGACAACACGACCGAGUUUGGCUCUGGAGACAUUGGCGCUGAUUUUGAGACGCCAUGCAACCGGGAGGGGAACCAGGACCUGCAGAGGGUUUUGCUCCCCACGGUGUACGGUUUGAUCUUCGCGCUGGGGCUCGUGGGUAACGGGCUGGUGGUGGCGGUGAUGGGGUGCCAGAGGAAGUCGCGCACCAUGACUGACCGCUACCGGCUGCACCUGUCCGUGGCAGACCUGCUGUUCGUGCUCUCGUUGCCGUUCUGGGCGGUGGACGCGGCGAGCGGCUGGCGAUUCGGUGGCUUCAUGUGCGUGCUCGUGCACAUGGUGUACACUGUGAACCUGUACGGAAGCGUUCUCCUGCUCGCCUUCAUCAGCCUGGACCGCUACCUGGCCGUGGUGCACGCCACGAGCAGCCAGGCUACGCGCCGUCUGCUGUCCGAGCGCAUGGUGUACCUGGGUGCGUGGCUCCCUGCGGCGCUCCUCACGGCGCCCGACUUGGCGUUCGCGCGUGCCGAGGAAGUCGGCGGCGGGGACGAGACGCGCGUCGUUUGCCAGCGAAUCUACCCGGAGGACACGGCGCUUGCGUGGAUGGCGGCGUUCCGCGCGCAGCACGUUCUAGUCGGCUUCGUCCUGCCCGGUCUCGUGAUCCUGGUGUGCUACUGCGUCAUCAUCGUCACGCUAUCGCGCGGCUCUAAGGGGGCGCAAAAAAGGCGCGCGCUGCGCACCACCGUGGCUCUCGUGGCGUGCUUCUUCGCCUGCUGGCUUCCCUACUGCGCGGGAAUCGUCGUGGACACGCUCCUGCAACUCGGCGUCAUCACGCACAGCUGCGAUCUCGAGAGCGGCCUCGAGACGUGGAUUUUCGUCACCGAGGCACUCGCGUACUUCCACUGCUGCCUCAACCCGAUCCUUUACGCCUUCCUCGGGGUCAAGUUUAAGAAGUCGGCGCGGCGCGCGCUCACCUCCGGACGCGGAUCCAGUCUCAAGAGCCUCGCUAAGAAAAAAGGAGGCAUGUCCUCGGUGUCCACGGAGUCCGAAUCGUCGAGCUUUCACACCAGUUAACGCUCAAUAAAUAACACGAGAACUCCUCUAGAUAACAAAAAAAAAAAAAAAAAAAAAGACGAUGUAAAUAUCCAUGUAUCCAAGUGACUGAAUGACCAGGCUGAGCCUGUGCUCGAAAGUUUUAUUACAUUUUUGUGUCAUAUUUGUUAUGAUGGACUGCACGAUAUCACGUGUUUGCAAAGCAUCUGCUCUUACCUUUCUGUCACAUCUCCAGUCCCGUCAAGAUUCGCAUCCGAGAGUUUUUGAAUGAUUUUUAUGAUUGAGAUGGACACCGAGUGGUCCGAAGGCUGUUAUCACUCAUUUCUGUGUUAUAUUGUGUUAAACGUAUCUUAUGAUGAACUGCACAACAUUGUGCACUAGCAAAAAAAAUGUCAUCCAUUUAUUUUUCAAUCUAUCUUAACGAUCAGCUUUUAUGUUUGAUUUUUGUAUUGUCCUGAUUUGAGCUUCCAUGAGUGUCUGCUGAACACACUGGUUGUGUUUAAAAAAAAAAGACCAUGUGCUGUUUUGCUUACAUCUGUUUUAACGGCGUAGCGGAUGGAAAUAGCAGAAACAGACCUGUAUAGUUCUUGUUAUUAUUCGUUUUUGUCUUUUUUGUCUUCUGCACUUAUGUACAUCAUGGCUCUUAUUUAUUGUGUUUACAGAAUUCUACUUUCAUAUGAGCUGCUGUGUAUAGCUGUGUUUUUGAGUCCUUGUAAUAAAAAAAGAUUUUGGUUUUUAAAAAAAAA